UAUUAAUGUCCGUCAAAUGCGAAGCAAAUGUGUAUAGUUUACUUGAUUACUUCAAAAAUGUUCUCAAAAUUUACGCGCAAAACUCGUUGCUUACUAUGGACGGCGAUUGUUGGUGGAUUUCUUACUGUAUUCAGUUUAGUAUUCGCUCUUGUUAUCCUGCCGGUUAUAAUAGACGCAGUUCUUUCGGACUAUUUGGUCUUGAAAGAAGGAACAGAAGCAUGGGAUAGAUUUAUGGAGCUACCUUUUCCAAUGGACUUUAAUAUUUAUUUUUUCGAAGUUACUAAUCCUGAUGAAGUAAAGAUUGGUGCAAAACCGUCAGUGAAACAAGUGGGACCAUUUAUUUAUAAAAAUUACCGAAAGAAGAGAGAUGUAGAAAUAUUGGAUGAUGAACAUGUGUCUUAUUAUACUGUUCAAACAUUUGAAUAUGACUAUGAACGUUCCGAAUUAUCUGAUGAGGAUGAAGUGGAUGUGUUGAAUUUUCUAGCAAUUGGACUUUUUCAAAUACUUGAGAACGCCAUAAUCGAUUUUGAGUAUAAAAUAGAAGGGCUCCUUCCACAUGUGAUUGGCGACAGUGAUCUACUGUUUCACAAAAUGAAAGUGAAAGAUUUCCUCUUUGAAGGCACAGCGUUUUGUGAUCCUACUGAAACCUACCUUCCAGCAAAACUCAUUUGCUUAGUUGUAAUGUUGUUGAAUUUAAAAAUGGUUAACUACAAUGAUGAUUUAACUAUGACUUAUAGUUUAUUUGGUUGGAAACAAAAUGCCACCGAUGGGAAAUUUGUAGUAAACACAGGUGAACUAGACAUAAUGAAACUUGGUCAAAUUCAAACAUGGAAUGACAUGAAGUACACACAAACUUGGAAAGGCGAAGAAAGUGACUGUAAUAAAGUAUCAGGAUAUGAUAUAGCUGUGUUUGCACCCAAUAUGGAGGAAGGACAAAAUUUUGACAUCUAUUCAACCGACAUUUGCAGAACAAUGACAAUGAAUUACAUGGAGAAAAGUAAAUUUCGAGAUGUCAAUGUUUACAAAUAUGGUUUCAAUAAAAAUACAUGGAGAACAACGAACUGCUCUCCGGAAGAAUCUUGCUUUUGUUCAGAUUAUACCAGAGGAUUAGAUGGAGAAAAAUCAUGCUUUAUGGAUGGGGUCCAAGAUGUAUAUCCAUGUUUAGGAAUACCAGGAUUGGCAUCCUUUCCACACUUCUUACAUGCUGAUGAAAAAUAUUCCUCAACUGUCGAUCAUCUACACCCAAACGAAGAUGAGCAUGGAUCGUAUCUGAAAAUGGAACCCCUCACUGCUGCUCCAUUGGAAGGUUGGAUCAGUCUUCAAAUUAGUUUAAUCACACGCCCAAUCAAACUGGGUGGAAACAUGGUGGAAAUGACUGAACACUUGAACAACACCGCAAUGCCAUUGCUCUGGCUUCAACAGGGAGUCACCAUUACUGACGAAUAUUAUGACAUUAUUGAUUCCGCAAUGACUCUUCUUUUGGUAGCAGACAUUUUGAAAUGGGUUUUCGUGCUUAUAUCAGGACUGGUGUUUAUGUUUGCGGCCUCCAAACUAUUACUAGGAACAACUUAAAUGUAAACAUAUUCUGAAUUAUAUUAAACAUGUAUCUAAUUAAUUAA